AUGUACAGUGAGUCACAAGCGAAAUGUCUAUUAUGUGGAAUCGGCAGCAGAGAUGCACUGUGGCUGAGACGCCCCAGGGAGCAAAAAACCGGCGCAGCAUAUCUUCUCAUUUUUGAGCUGUAUGUUACUAAAAUGUGUAACUUUAGUGGUGCAUUAGCAUCUAUAUAUCUAUUUCAUCUUGGCUCUCGGCUGCAUGUCAUACAUGAACGAGUUUUGGUACAGCUAGCACAAUUUGACGUGAAGCUGGAUGAUGCCCGAAAAGUUCGACGAUUCUCGUUUGGCCUAGUAAUUUUCGUGUUCGUUGCUUCUGCUGCAAUUUCAGCCUGCAGUGCAGCACAAAAUGUGGUACUAGAGAUGCCAUUGCCUAAAUCUAAUUUGAGCGUCAAGGAAAAUGAGCUUCGAGCAAAAAACUCGAUUUCAGUGCUAAGUUUUCGGCUCAGCAGCAGUGUCUAUCUGGAGCCGCUGUUUGACCAUAAGCUGAUCUUUAUUGAUAUCUAUGUUGGCACAACACCGAGGGAAGCAAUCCACAAAAUCUCUGUUUUUCACGAACGAUUUCAGGAACUGCAUGGUGCAUUCGGUGAGGUGAAUAGGCAGUACUCGUACGUCCAUUUCUAUUUGUAUAUUGUAUCCGUUCCGCUGCUCUGCUUCAUUCUAUACGUAACGUUGCAAGAACGCUGUGAUAACAGCUACGGUUAUCCGCUCAUUGAAUAUAUGAUUUUCGCGUUCUGGAUUAUACAUUUGACUUUGAUGAUUCUUGUCUUCACAAAACCCGCCAUCACACUUCUUGAAAAAAGCAAAGAACUGUCUGCAAUUAGUGCACAGAUAUUUACGCAACUAAUGUUCACGUCAAACGACAGCGCACUGGUUGUAAGUUUCUGCCAUUCGCAGAAUUAUGUGCAGUUUUUCACGAUAAAUGUUCGUUCCGAAAGUUUUGCUUUCUCCGCCGGUGGCUUCUUCAGUAUCAACAAAUCCAUUGUCUUGACGGUAUUGCAAGAGUUUUUAUAA